AGUCUGGGCGGACGGUCGCAGGUCUCGCUGGCCGGCGCUGGUACCGUUGCGCCGGGCAAGUCGGAGGACAGCCUCUUGGCCGCGCCGGUCGGCUCGUCUUCGGCGGCUCCCAGCGACAGCUGGGCCACUCUGGCCUGUGUCGGCGUCGGCGUCGGCGUCGGGAGUACACCGAGGGAGCCUGUCGUCAUGGCGUUGGCGGGGGCACAGUCGGCGCCCACUCGACGACGCCAGCUCCGCUUGCCCGGUUGGCUGGUGAGGACGCCGAGUCUGCUGAGAAGUCCUGACAAAGAGGGCGACGGCGAGGCUGCCACGGCGACUGCUGUUCAGGAUUCGGCUGUCUUUGAUGCGAGGGCGGCGCAUCUGCUUGGUCGUUCGAGCCGGGUUGGUGGUCGCGUUGAGGCGGCUGAGGGGACUGGGGCGAUCGGCGAAUCACUUCGCGGGCAUCAGUCGGUCCGGUUCCAGGUGGAGGAGAAGGUCGCUAGGCAGACAGCCGCCUACACAGUCUUGGCGACUGAGUAA